AUGCUAUUUCCUAGAUCAUUACUUGCAUUCUUUUUGGUGAAAACUUGGCAAGGAGAAUUCUCAGAUGAGGAAGACAGAAUAAUUUGCAGCCUUUAUGCUAAUAUUGGAAGCAGGUGGUCAAUUAUAGAAGCUCAGUUACCUGGCAGGACUGACAAUGAUAUCAAGAACUAUUGGAACACCAAGCUAAAGAAGAAGUUGAUGGGGUUGCUUCCUGAAUCUCACCAAAGAAAACCACCCUACCAUCAAUCCUCUCCUCAAAACCCACCACCAUUUCCUUCUCAUUCACUUUCCUCAUCAAUUUAUGGAGAUUAUUGCAACUCUUAUUAUAGCCCAGCAGCAACCACAUCUUUCACAGGCCUUGAACCUAUUUCUGUUCCUUCAAGUACUUACACAAACACAAGCUGCACAACAACCUCAAUUUCUCUCCCCUUUAACCAAAACCAAGAGUCCUUGGUUAGUGUUAGUCCCAUGCAAUAUUACCCUAUCACAACAGUGUUUGGAAGUGAAGGAAGUUGCAGUUCCUCUGAUGGAAGCUGUAGUCAGGUUAGCCAUGGCAGGGAAAUCAAACAAGAAGAAAUGGGGUUUCAGAAUUUCAUGUCCAACGGGUUUAUGCCUAGUCACAUAAGCAUUAACAAUAAUGGAGAUGAAUAUAUUAACCAAUGGGAAGAAAAUCCAAAUGGGUGUUUUUUCCAAAAGCAAACCCAAUUGGGUUAUGAUAUUGAUGUUAUUAAGCAACUAAUUAGUAGCAAUGGAAGCAGUAAUGACCUAGGAAAUUACAUUCACUUAUUAUUAGAAUAA